AUGGUGGUUUACCCGUGGUUCCACGAAACAUCAAAUUUAGAUUCGUCCGAUAUAAGGACGGAAAUAAGCAUCGACGAUGCUUGUCCGAUGUGUUCGUGUUCGGGCGUCGUUGCCGAAGUUGACGGAGAGCAAAGUGGUAAAUUUUUAUACCACAUCGGUCCCCGACAGGGAAAAUCCGGUCACGUUUGUUUGAGAGUUAAAAAAAAUAUGCCAUCGAAUGAAUUGGAAAACGAAGAAGGUAAGACUGGGGGGGGAAGGGGAAAAUGGAGCUUUUAA